UGGCACUGAUGGACGAUGUCGUCUGCGCUGUCCCCGAGAAAACGUCACUGCGGAAGGGAAAGAGGCGGAGGAGAAGCCGGGAUCGUGUCCGCACUCGCAGAGCGGCCGGGCAAGGGCGAGCAGACAGACAUGUGGCGGGAGAUGCUUCCGAGCGCACGGGAGAGCAUCUUGUCCCAGAUCAGGUCUUUUGAAUAUUCUCAGAAGAAUGCAGCCCUGGUCUCUGCGGCUGCCCUGGGGCUUGGAGGGAUGCUGCUUUACUGGCUCAGAUCUGGACGCAAGAUCAAGACUAUAGACAUGGGUGAUGGCUGGUGGGGCUCGGGUGAAAGGCCCCUCAAAGGGAAGGAAGAUGCAAGCAUCCGUCCCUUCAGGAUUGAAACAUCUGACAAAGAAAUCGAGGAUCUGCACCGGCGCCUGGAUCAGUUCCGCUUCACACCGCACGUGGAAGGAGCCGCCUUCCACUACGGCUUCAACUCCAGCUACCUGCGGAAGGUGGUGGCCUACUGGAGGAAUCAGUUUGACUGGCGCAAGCAAGUGGAGGAGCUGAACAAAUACCCCCACUUCCACACCACCAUUGAAGGGAUUGAUAUCCAUUUUAUCCAUGUGAAGCCAUCCUACGUUCCUCAUGGUCGAGCUGUUCAACCUUUGCUGAUGGUUCAUGGCUGGCCUGGCUCCUUCUAUGAGUUCUACAAGAUCAUCCCUCUGCUCACAGAGCCAGCCAAGCACAGCCUGAAUGAGGGUGAUGUGGUGUUUGAGGUCAUCUGCCCCUCUAUCCCAGGAUACGGCUUCUCAGAGGCGCCUCACCAGAGAGAGUUUGACUCCAUAGCAACUGCUCGGAUAUUUCAUAAGCUGAUGAACAGAUUGGGCUUCAAGGAAUACUACCUACAGGGAGGAGACUGGGGAUCUCGUAUUACUACAAACAUGGCCCAGAUGCUGCCACAAUCUGUGAAAGGGCUUCAUCUGAAUCUUGUUUUCAUCGCCAGACAAGGUUUGGGAAAGUUGAUUCGUACAGUGCUUGGGGCUUAUGUACCAUGGCUUGUAGGCUUCAGUAAGGAAGAUGCUCGACGUUUCUACCCUUUCAUGCAGAAGAACGUAUAUGACGUCCUGCGAGAGUCUGGAUACUUACACAUCCAAGCCACCAAACCAGACACUGCAGGUUGUGGACUGAAUGACUCUCCAGUGGGGCUUGCUGCAUAUAUCUUGGAGAAAUUCUCAACCUGGACAGACAAAUCAUUUCUGUAUAAAGAUGAUGGAGGUUUGGAAAGCAAAUACUCUCUUGAUGAGCUUUUGACCAAUGUGAUGAUUUAUUGGGUGACAUCCUCCAUUGUGUCCUCAAUGCGAUACUACAAGGAAAACUUUUCCAAGGACCCUGAUCUAAGUGCUCAUAACAGGGUUGGAGUAUAUGUUCCCACAGGGAUUGCAGCUUUCCCUCAGGAGAUUGUACAUGUACCACGUGUCUGGGCAAAGGAUGUCUACAAGAACAUCAUCAGUUACUCUUACAUGCCACGUGGAGGGCAUUUUGCUGCCUUUGAGGAACCAAGGCUCCUGGCACAAGACAUCAUGCAGUUUGUCCGAAAAGUGGAACAGCUGUGAGCCUCCAGUUGAAAUUCAUGCAUAGAAUGGAAGCAAGUUGUUCUACCAAUGGCAGAACCUUUAGACUGGAUUUGUUUAAUCCCUCAAAACAAUCACAUAUAGAAACCAGCAUUUUAUUUUGACAAUAAUUACAAUACUGAUUUUUCUAAAUCAAAUUCUACAUUUACAUUAAAAAGAACUCCAAAAAACAUCUUGUGUUCUUUUGUUCCCAGCACCGUAUCAUUGCUGCAUUCAUAGUUCAAGUAUAACAGAAUACGUAAACAGUUUAUUGCAGUAACAAUUGCACUUAUCUGAGGGAGAGACAUGAAAGUAACUGGUCAAGGCUUUUGUUCAAAAGCCUCUUGAAACACUUGGGCACCUGCAUUCUUAAAUAUGUGUUACAAGCAGCCUUGGAAGUGGAAGCAAAAGGGUUUCGAUCUCCUAAGCAUAAACACUCCUGCAUUCAAGUUAUAUUUUCUUCAAGAGACCUGAGAUUUCAUAUUCAAGCUUAAGAGGCAGCUACUGCAUAUUGUAAACAUAUUAAUGGAUACUAAAGCAGAGAGAGCACUCUAGUGUUCAAGCUCAGAAACAUCAAAUUAAGUUCCUACUACUUCUAUCACCAUUCCAUUCCAAAGGUCAAAAAAUGCACCAAGUGUAGAGGGUUACUUCAACCUUUAUCCUCUUAGGCAAAGGAUUUUCACCAUCCCACUGUGCAUUUUUGACUAGUAACAGCAAGUAGUCUCAUGACCAGUAGGCUCACAUUUCUCUUCAAAUGGGAUGGAGUUAUUUGAAGCUACUAAAAGCUCUUUACAGCAUACAUAAUUGCCUGACUGAGGACGGCUCCAGCACAUAUCUAGUUCUAACACAGUGCUCUCGGAGCUUCUCUCCCUGUCCUGUAGCAGACACCAGCCCAGAAAAACAGGCUCAAGUUCUGUUUCUAAGUGAUACAAUCUGACUAAGAACAGGAACUUGGAAUGUAAAGAUAAUGCUAAACUUGAUCACAUUCCCCCAACUUCUACACAUUUCAGAAACAUUUAAGUCUAAGUUUCUUCCUCAAGUGGGAAUAACCUUUCAUUAUUGGGGCAGCACUCUUAACUUUCUUUGAAGAGGCUUAGCAAAGAAACUGCUUAUAAUCCUACUUAUAAUAUACUUUUAAUAUAUAUAAUUAUACUUUUAAUAUAAUUGCUUAUAAUAUAGCUUUAAUCUUAUAUCUAACCAAUUGCCAGGGUUGUUAGGCAAA